UUGAGUAACACUUCCUUGUUGCAGGGUGAAAAAAGAAUUGCCAGUAGUGGCCUCGAUCAAAUUGUUAAGCUGGUAGACAUUGAGACCGGACGAGGUGCGGUUGUUAUCAGUUUCCUGUCAUUUUGCUUUUUUAUAGGUUGCAUUAUAUUAAUUAAUUCAGAAUUUAAUAUGGGUGCGCAUAGCAAUGGAAUUCGCUGCUUGGAAUACAACGAUAAAACUGGCGUAGUCGUUACUGGAAGCUGGGACGCUACGGUCAAGACUUGGGACUCGCGAGCCACUGCAUCUGGAGGUCCUUUGCAAAGCGUUGGCGUGGGAGAUCGUGUCUAUGCGAUGGAUGUGCUCAAUGACAAAUUGGUCGUAGGAACUCGUGAUAGAAAGAUACAUUUGUUUGAUAUGCGUAAUCUUGGUACGCCAGAACAAGUUCGGGACAGUCCACUCAAGUUUAUUUAUAGAAGUAAAGAAGAUGGCGUUGAAUGCAUUUAUCCUGUAAAUGCUUUGGCUUUCCAUCCCAUCAAUGGAACUUUCGCUACUGGAGGUGUGUUAUUUAUAUCGCCGAGUCGGGUAUCCAUGUAUCUGUUUAAUAAUUUUUUGAAAGUAACUCUACGGGUAAUUUUAAGCUAUUACUUCUGUUGACU